GCCAACCGAAGUAUGAGAGGAAGAGGAGGAGGAAGAGGGAAACAUUAACGGGAGGAGGAAGACGCAGAGGGAGGAGGCGGAGGAGCGUGUGGCCGGGAUGAGAGUAUUUAUAGGAGGAGAGAUGAGGCGGCGGCGAGGAGAGCCGGAGGAUCCGACACAAUAAGAGGAGACAAAGGAGGAAGAGGAGGAGGAGGAACCAUGCUGCGGAGGAAGAGGAGCGUGUCCUUCGGCGGCUUCGGAUGGAUUGAUAAGUCAACGGUCAGCGCGCUGAGAGCCCGUAAGCAGGACCAGCUGACCCUCCCUAAUGUCCCGGUGGAGGACCGCCCCCCGUCGCCUCCCCGCACGGCGCCGCCCACCAUGAAGUCGGCUCAUUUCUUCGACAUGAUGGACAAGAUGGAGCAAGUACCAGAAGCUGCUGAGAUGAAGACAAUCCCUCUGAGACAGAAGGACGAUUACAUUCCUUAUCCCAGGAUCGAAGAGGUGUUGGAGAGGGGGCCGCCGUACCCGCAGGUCAUCCUGCCGCAGUUUGGAGGCUAUUGGAUAGAAGAUGCAGAGGCUCUGCCCUCUUCCGAGGCCCCGCCUUCAGAUGCUCCGCCCUCUUCUGAGGCCCCGCCUUCUUCCGAGGCCCCGCCUUCAGAGGCUCUGCCCCCAUCCGAGGCCCCACCUCCAGAGGCCCCUCCUCCUGAUGCUCCACCCAUUGAGGCCCCACCUCCUUCCUCUCUGCAGUGCAGCGGUGCGGAGGUGGAGGACAGAGGAAUAAGGGAGGCAGAAGGUUCUGCCCCAGGGGAUUAUGGGUAUCACCUGGAGGAGAUCAACGAGGCAGCACGCGCGUACAGGAAGCACUUCCUGGGCAGGGAACAUCUGAACUUCUUCUGCUCAGUCAGCAGUUUGGGAAACCUGCUGCUGUCUGUGAGACACGAGGAGGAGAAGGAACACGAAUACCUGCACGUCAUCAUCAGGUCUCGUCUGAAAAGCGUCUACCACAGAUUAUCUCUGUCGGAGCUGCCAGACAUCCCCAGCGUUCCGGAGCUGGCCAAGCUUGUGUGCGACGAAGCGGCCUCCCUGCGGUUCAGUCCGGUCCUCUACCCCAAGGCGUCUCAGCUCAUCGUCAACUAUGACGAACACGAAGUCAACAACACCUUCAAGUUCGGCGUUGUCUACCAGCGCUUUGGGCAGGUGUCAGAGGAGGAACUGUUCACCAACAACCAGGAGUCUCCGGCUUUCUCCGAGUUCUUGCAGCUGCUGGGAGAAACGGUGGAGCUGCAGGACUUUAAGGGGUUCCGGGGCGGGCUGGACGUGUCCCACGGCCAGACAGGGUCCCACUCUGUCUACACCGUCUACAGAGGUCAAGAGGUCAUGUUCCACGUCUCCACCAAGCUGCCGUUCACCGAGGGAGACGCGCAGCAGCUGCAGAGGAAACGCCACAUAGGAAAUGACAUCGUGGCGGUGGUGUUCCAGGAAGAGGCCACGCCCUUCGUCCCCGACAUGAUCGCCUCUAACUUCCUGCAUGCCUUCAUCCUGGUGCAGGCAGAGGAGACGCACUCGGACAGUGCCACUUACAGGGUUUCCGUCACAGCGCGAGAAGACGUCCCACCAUUUGGACCGCCGCUGCCAAACCCGGCCGUCUUCAGGAAGGGUCCAGAGUUCAGGCAGUUCCUCCUCACCAAGCUCAUCAACGCGGAGCUAGCCUCCUACAAGAGCGAACGCUUCGCCCGGCUGGAGGAGCGGACCCGCUCUGCCCUGCUGGACGGCCUGCUGGACGAGCUGCACAGACGCUCCCAGUGCAUGCUGGGAUUGGGCUCGGGGAUGGAAGAAGAGGGCCGGGGUGAGAAUGGCCACGCCCACGGAGGACUGCUGGAGUCCAUCAAGAGAGCGAUGAAGGGGCGGAGCGUAUCCAUGGAAACCAUGUCGCGUGGUGGGGCGGGGCUACCCACCAGUCUGAGUGGGGGCGGUCUAGCCCACCUGAGCAUUGAGGGCAACGUGAAGUCUCCGGUGAAGCGGCGGUCAGGCCUGUUCCCCCGCCUGCUGAGUGUCGACAGCCAGACAGACAAGCACAGCCACAGGAGCCUCCUCAGUGAGCAGCGCAGCUUCGACUGUUUCCACCCCAUGCUGGAGGUGAGGUCUGAGCUGCCGUCCAAUCCCAGCUCUCCAGAGGCAGGACAACGGGACAGGAUUCAUCCGAAGAAGGAGAGCAGUAAGAUUUCCAGAUCCACAUCCAGCACCUGCAGCUUCAGCAUUCCCUCUGACGACGCUCACCUGACUGCGCCGUCGGAGGUUUCCUGUCCACUGAUCGUCUGCCGCAGCCCCACAGAACUGAAAAACAAGAACUCUCCCAGAUCCAACCUGAAGUUUCGCUUCGAUAAGCUGACUCACUCUGCUGCUCAGGGAAACUGAACUCAGGAGGUUCUGGAGAGAAACCACGUGGAGAUGCUGCCUUCACACCACCAGAACCAGGAGGAUGGACUGAACCAGACCGAACCACAUCAUCACAAACGCCUUCCUGGUUCCUGAGGCGCGCUGGAUCUACCUGAUGUCACUAAAACCCGUGGAGCCACCAUGGAGACCCGGUUCCAACUACAGACAACUUCUGUUGUUUUAACCAAUGAACACUUUGUUGUUUUUUUGUUUUCCUUGUUUCCUUAUGGAUGAAAACAGGAGUCAUAGGCCGUUUUCCUUUUCAGGGAAUGUUAAAGGAGUUUUUCUCACAGAUCAGUGAAAUGGUUCCGACUCGUUCGGAGAUCAGGUCCAGCUCUGUCCUUAAAGCUGGUUGAGCUUCUCCACCCUCCUUUUCCUCACUAUUAGAAAACUAAGCUACGGUUGCUAACUAAGUUUACCUUGGACCUAUUUAUUUAGCUUCCUAAUUCAGUAUUUCAGCUAAAUAUUUAAUUUGGAGUUAAAUAUUUAGUUUUGUCUGAAAGGUUUUUGCUGAAACACCUGCCGUUGUGUGACUGGUGCUUCGUGGCGAUGUUCUGAUCCAGAGGGUCAGGGAAGAGGUCAGAAACCAGCCCAGCCCUCCCUGCAGUGAGACUUUCAGGACGUUUUCAUUGUUCCUACAACCAGACCCGGACUGAAUGUUUGCUGUGACGUCAGUGUGAGUCGUUGUUGUCUGACUGGAAACCAGAAGAUAAAAACCACAGAUUGUCUCUGUACAUCAAUGUGUCGUUUUCUGUCUGCUCACCAUCAGGAAAUGUGAAAAAUUUCACAUUUCCUGACAGCAGGUUUUCUUUCAGACAUUCCAGUUCUCUUGACCCUGAAAGCACUGUGUUGAGUUUAAGGUCCCAUCAGAAAUCAGUGGCUUCUCUUCAUGUCUCUUAGUGGAUGUUUGCUUCUGAAUCUGAUAACAACUUCACUGCCGUUUGAGUCAACAUCACUGACAUCCCUCAGCUCUCUGGUUGUUGUGCUCUGUAUGAAGAUUCAAAAUAUCCCGUUAAAAACUAAAAUCAGUAUUUGCACUAAAGCUGUUUCCUCGUUGUUUCAAGUCUUGUUCCAAGUUUUUAAACAAAACUCAAAGUUUUAUUUUGUCAGGGACCAACUGAUGCUGCAGAAACACAAUGAUGUCAGUCAGCUGUAUGUUUCAUCUUGAAGGACAACUGUGACAUGAAAACCUGGAGCUAUAAAGUUUCUGAAUCGUUUGCACUUUGA